AUGAUGAGUGGGAGAAAUAGGUUCCCUUUCACUGCAACUCAGUGGCAAGAACUUGAGCACCAAGCUCUCAUCUUCAAGUACAUGGUCUCUGGUAACCCCAUCCCACCUGAUCUCCUCUUCACUGUCAAAAGCAGCUUGGAGUCAUCUCUCUCCUCAAAGCUCAUCCUUCACCAACCUCAACAUUUGGGGUGGAACUGUUUUCAGAUGGGUUUGGGGAGGAAAAUUGAUCCAGAGCCAGGGAGGUGCAGGAGAACAGAUGGAAAGAAAUGGAGAUGCUCAAAAGAAGCAUACCCAGACUCAAAGUACUGUGAGAGACACAUGCACAGAGGCAGAAACCGUUCAAGAAAGCCUGUGGAAACAACUAGUAGCACUACUGAUACCAGUGGAUCAGUCAACCAAAAUCCAACCCCCUCUACUUACACUAACUCCUCCUCUGUCUCUUCCCUCUCACCAGUGGCCUCUGACUCCCACCCUCACCACAACCACCCUAGCUAUAACUCUCAUCUCCACCACCAUUUCCUUUAUCCCCAUUCAUCUUCUUCAAGGCCUCCUGGGCAUGAUUUUUCUUCCCAAGAAAUCAAUACCCACUUGCUCCUGGACUCAAGUCCUUGCUCCAAUCCUAAUAAACAUAACAGGUAUGGCUAUGGAAUGAAAGAGGAGGUUAAUGAGCAGGCUUUCUUCUCUGAAAGUUCUUCAAUGGAAGAUCCUUGGAAACUGACACCACAGACUACGGGUUCAUCUCUUGCCCAUUUGAAACAGAGGUCAGGUUUACAGGGUGGUGGGUAUCCUUUCUUGCAGCAUCAAGGUCUCUCUGAUACCUCGAAACAACAAAAGAACUUUUUUGAAAUGCCCCUGAAAGUAGAGAGUGAAGAUCAACCCAAGAAAGUAAUGCACCAUUUUUUCGACGAAUGGCCAAAAAACAAGGAUUCAUGGGUUGAUUCAGAGGGUAAAUCUUCAGAUUAUGUGCCAGUUUCAACUACCCAGCUCUCGAUUUCCAUACCAAACUCUUCUUAUGACUUCUUCGUGACCCGUAAUGGCAACUGAACCCGCUGGGUGAAGGGGGAGAGAAACAGUUACCGACUGUACUUCAGUUUCUGAAUUUGAAUUCUAGUCAACUCCGGUCAUUUUUGGUCUGCAUAGUUACACUUUGUUUUGCAGAUAAAUAAGUUCAGUAGUGGGUUUCCGAGACAAAGGCCAAAGAGUACUUCAGAGUGGUGGGUCAGUGCUUUUACUCCUAUGGCUUUCACAUCUCUCUCUCUCUCUCUCUCUCUCUCUCUCUGUGUAUGUGAUGAAAGAAGUAGGGCGCUCUCUCUCUCUGUGUAUGGGAUGAAAGUAGGGCCUGCUCUCUCUCUCUCUCUCUCGGGUUGUUGGUUUGAAUUACAUGUAUUAAAUCUAGGACAUGUAUGUUUUGUUCCCACUACUUUUUCUCCACAUCUUUUCAAAGAUGUUUGAAUGUUUUGGUUGCAAGAUGACAUCUUGAACAUGUUUUAGAUUUUCCC